UUGCAGCCUUCCUCAGCCUACUGAUCCUAAUAUGGAAUGCAGCAGGAAACCCAUGAUUUCCUGGUACUCGGCAAGCUGGAGGAAGCAAGGGGAAAACUCCAUUAAAAAGCCCAGCUUCCCUCCAUGUUAGAUGUGAAGUGGAAAAAGGGGAAGAUUUAGCAGAAUUCUACCGUGUCUUCUAGCCAGGCUGGAGAGGGAAAGAGCACAGCGGAAACCCUCAGGCUGUUGAAAUUUCUAGACUGCCACGCAGCCCCUAGAAUUCGGAGAAAAAAUGAGGGUUUCUUAACUCAAACUAGAGGGAAAAGGGACAGAUGCUUUUAAUCAUUCUCCCAAAUGUGUGCUACCUUUCCUGACCAGUAUGGUAAGUGCGAGGGCAUGUGCCGGCUGCCUGGGACAAGUCCGUGUGAUCCCAGGCGCCCUAAGUAAGGCAGGGUGAUCUCGAGCCCGCCGCUCGCCCGCUUCCCGCGCUCCAUGGGCUUCGGGAGAAGCAGGAGAAGCCACAGCAGCUGCCCGGUGCCGGCAGCUGGAGCCGCCGCGAUGAGCUGCACCGAGCGCGGUGACAGGCGCUGCGGCUGCGGGGGCACGGAGGAGAAGAAGAUGCUCAAGUGUGUGGUGGUGGGAGACGGCGCCGUGGGGAAAACCUGCCUGCUGAUGAGCUACGCCAACGACGCCUUCCCAGAGGAGUAUGUGCCCACUGUGUUUGACCACUAUGCAGUUACUGUGACAGUGGGAGGCAAGCAGCACUUGCUUGGACUAUAUGACACCGCCGGACAGGAGGACUACAACCAGCUGAGGCCGCUCUCCUACCCCAACACCGAUGUGUUUUUGAUCUGCUUCUCUGUUGUGAAUCCUGCCUCUUACCACAACGUCCAGGAGGAAUGGGUUCCAGAGCUGAAGGACUGCAUGCCUCAUGUGCCUUACGUCCUCAUAGGGACCCAGAUUGAUCUCCGCGAUGACCCCAAAACCUUGGCCCGUUUGCUGUAUAUGAAAGAGAAACCUCUCACUUAUGAGCAUGGUGUGAAGCUUGCAAAAGCGAUCGGAGCACAGUGCUACUUGGAAUGUUCGGCCCUAACUCAGAAAGGUCUCAAAGCGGUUUUUGAUGAAGCAAUCCUCACCAUUUUCCACCCCAAGAAAAAGAAGAAACGCUGCUCUGAGUGUCAAAGCUGCUGUUCAAUUAUCUGAGGCUGCUGGGAGGCCGGCCCCCACCCACCUAAGGGUGAGAGGGGCGCCGACCUCUGAGACCAAGCUCAACCACGAAGGAGGGCGAGACCAGAGAAGUCCCUUUGCACGGAGCCUUGCUCCUCCACUCCGGGAGCCCCCACCGCCACCCGCAAGCACAGCACACAGCUGCCACGUCCCCCCUACCAGCCCGAAGCGUCCACAUUGCACAAUCUGUGAGAAUGCUGAGCCCACCGGAGGUCACCCAGCGCCGCUGCUGACCAUGUUGCAAACGAAGGCAAAGACCAUGUUGCGUUUUGCGCCUCCCCUCCACGAACGUGAAGCUGAUGAUAGGAAGCCAUCCCCAAGAAAUCGGAAGAGGAACUCGGUUCCUGUAUUGGUGGCCUUACCCCGUGUCUUCUACAAAACACAGGAAUACUAUACUAACUUUGUUUUCUGAAUCUGUUGUUCGACCUAUGUGUCUUGCAUUUAUUUGUAUUAUUUUAAGAAAUGUACUAAUUUACCAAUUUACUCAGGCCUUACAAGUCCAUACCAAAUUAGCCUAAAGACAAAAUAUUUUUUAUUCAUUUCCAUUUUCAGCUUGUUUCUACCAAAGCUAUUAGAACCAGCACUUACCUCUGAAUGCCUGACUGUAAGAAGAAAACAAGAAAAUGUUACAACUUUUGGAAAUUUACAAAGCCAAGAUUUUUGAACCUGGUUGAAAGAGAAACACCACCUGAAUUGUUUCCAGGCCACACUUGUGCCAAAGAUUCACCCCGGAAAUGCUUUCGCUGAUGGGUAGCCUUAUUUUUCUCCUAUAUUUAUAUUGUCAUGGCAAAUUACAAAUGAACUAUGUUCAAGAAAGUAGUACUUCUGCUUUUUAAUCAAACUGAUUGGGGGAGAAUAUGGCAGACCUAGGUUUUAAAAUAUUCUUUAUUCAGCAAAGUGAACUUCCCUGCUCCCUCCCUUCCCGGGCUCAUGCCCUUUUCCUCCCUUAAUUUCACUUUCUCCCUUGCCCAACAGUAACCUGAUCUAAAAGAAAGACCUGGCCAUGGGGCAUGAAAAAGUAAAUGUUUAAAAGUCCCCAAAGGUUAAGCAAAGUGUUUCCAUAUUUCCACUUGCUUCAACCUGAAGGGUUUCUCAGCUUGGCCCACGUCUGCUCCCACUUCUGUUUAAAUGACAUUUUCCAAGUGCAGCUGGUACUAAUACAUUGCCUCUCCCGAUUUCCUACACUCAUUGUCCCAAAUGUGCAUUUAGGGGACGGAUCUGUGGGUACCAAGCUCUGAAUCUGUUUAUCCCCUGCUUUCAAAAUGCUGUGUUCUGUAGAACAGGACCUUCGGUCUCAGAAAGUAAAAGCCCCCAGUAAAGAAUGAUGUGCCCUUUCUAUAUGCCUCUUCCAAACAGCCAGGGAUUCUUGUAUCAAGAGUGAAUUAUUUCCUAGCUUUUAAUUAGAGACGAUAAAGUCUCCUAAUUAGUCUUACUUGUUUACAAUUACCCGGGAAACACCCAGGUAGGCACUUUACUUUUUAUUUCAAUUGCAUAAGCCAAGUGCCUCUUUGCAGCAUCAAAUUACACCGAUUUUAGCAUAACAAUUUCCGGAUUCACACUCCUUCUGUUGGAAAAAUCCAGUCUUUGUAGUCCCUUCUGCUCCUGGAGGAAGCCCAUAAAAAAGAAACAUAUGAUGUGGGUCUUUUCUGUUAAGACCUUCCAUGACAUCCCCUCAGUUGUUUGGGUUUGUUUGUUUGUUUGUUUGUUUGUUUAGAAUUUCUGAAAUAAGUUUUCCCUUCUUCCACGUUUCAAGACCUAUUUCCCUGCUCUCCCAUCUAGUCGCUAAACAUUUUCUUAAACACGCACUUACACGCGCAUACACAGACACACACACACACACCCCCCAAACUAAAAGAAAACGGGAGUUUUGUAAGUCAAAGCUUGACAUUUAGAGACAACUAGGACUUUCUUCCUCUGUAAAUGGAAAUCAACCGUGCAUAAACUAUAACUCUGCAGAGGUUAUGGAUUCAUUCUUUAUAAACAAUAAUGAGCAUUUAGCCCUGUAAUAAAUGAAAUGCUGUGUUAGCCAGCUUUGUUGCAUUAUUACAUAAUUACAUCUUACUAAAGGGCCAUUCCUCACUUCUCAUUAAUGUGGAUGAAAAAGUCAGAGCUGUAUGUUUGCUCCACCAAGGAGGAUUUUCCAGAUGUGUGCAUCCAAUAGGCAUAUGGUUCCCCAGACCAUCACCCCCCUACUGGAUCACAGGGAUUAACUUGUUCACAGUGAGAAGAUCAUCCUCUCACCUAGAACCAGAACCUGAAGAGAGACUGUUACUGUCUGGGUGGAGAGGCUCCUAAAGGUCAUAGGAGCUCAUUAUUAAAUAAAAUAAUGAAGAACAAAAUGACCUAAAUGAGUUAAUGUCAUUCCACCAAAUUAACUAUCUAUUCCCUGUUUCAUGGGAAGAGGUAGUUCAUUUCACUAAAAAGUGUUUCCUCCCAUAAGAUUAAACAAAACUAUAUUCUGAAGCCAAAGAUCAGAAGAGAUUUGAAAGAAGGAUCUGAAGAAGAAUCCUUGACCCUUGGCCAUCUGCCAAAGUCAAGAAGGGGCAGCCAAUCUCCACUGGAGGGUAGAAUCUUAGCUUUUCAAAGUUAGAAGAGGCCCCAAAAAAUAUAGUCUAACUCCCUCAUUCUACAAAUAAGGAAACUCAAGUCUGGAUGGGUCAAAAGAAAUGUGUUGUGCAGAGCUGGAACAGACCUCAGCCAUUCUGCUUCUCAUCCACAGCCCUGAACUCCACACUGUAAUCUGUUCAUUAUCACAGAUACUAAGUUAUAGUUUUGCAGGUGUAUUAUUGGAGUUGCAUUUGUUCAUCCUACAGAUCUUAGCCCCAUUUCAAAUACAUGACUUAGGCCACUGUAAAUUAGAUAAUCCAUCACACUAGUAAUUACCUAGAGACAAGAAUUUGCUCUGCAGUAUGCUUGGAAUCCACAAUAUACAAUGUACUACAAUCCCAAUCUAAUUGCACAGUAUACAGCAAUGUAAUCAAGUACCUGGUUUGACAGAUAUUUUUCUUCUCGGUCAAAUGGUUGGUUAUUUGGCAGAAUUAAUGGACUCCUUGGGCUAUUUUGGAAAUACAAAAGACUACCACAAGAGUCAAAGCCUUGUCACGGUAAGUAAUCUGGGCUGAUUUCUACCAAGAAAAGGUACACUCAAAGAACAAUUACUGAAUGCAAUAGCUACAGCAAGCCUAAACCAAGAAGCAGUAAACUGGGAAAUGAAAAAAAUAAGUCAUACACAUAUGACAGGAAGGAAGUUUUGGUCCUGAGACUCCAAUAACAAUAUGUCUGAUCAUGAUACGCAAAGAACCAUUUGGAAGAUUUCUGGUCCAUAAAAGAAGUGCCAGAUGCAGUGGAUGUAACCAUACACAAUUUUCAUAGAACCAUCAAUGAAGAAAUAAUAUUUAACUGGUAGUAAAGGGGCAAUCACAACCAUGCUCACAAUUUUAGGAGAAAUUAAAGAAAGUUAAACCCCAAACUUGAGGCCAACAAAAAUGUGCAUUAUGUAGAGUAUAGGUUCUUGUGAGCAGUUAAUAACCUCACCAAGUAGAGUGUUCAAAAAGAAAUACUUGACCUGAGGUAAACAUUUAAAGAUGUAUUAUUGCAUUCACAAAGGCAAACUCAUCCAUGAGACCAAGUGAUAGAAGAUUAGAAAUUGAGGUUUUGCUUUAAAGGAAUGUUUGGCACCAUGCUGGAGAUGAUUAUCUAGCCCUUUAUGUCUUUGGCCUCUAUGUUUGGAUGCCAGAAUGCAAUAUGUGCCUUCUCUCUCAACACUGAGAACCACAGGUCACCUGCUACUCUCUUAUAAGUCAUUGAGUAGGCUGCCCAAGUACAAAUAAGGAAACUCAACAGAAUGUUUUCAUCUCAAGAACCAUUAGGAACAGAAAGGGAAAAAGAAGAUGGGGAAACCAAGUUUCUUACAAAGGAAAUUAGGUACUUUUAAAAAGGAAUCAUUUAGAGAAUGGAGAGAAAACUAAAACGAAACACAAGGCAAAACACACACACCUGACAAUUCUCCCAGGCAGGGGCUGGGAGGGGCUAAGUUCUGCCUGGCCUCCAGAGCCCUAGGGAAGAAAGGAGAACCGUUCAUGUGAAGAGCAUCCCAGAGUGAGCCUAGAGGGCUCAUCAUAUGAUAAUUCUAGAUAAUUCCACCUCACCAUUCCUUAAAAAUGAUGAAAUUCUGGACAGUGCUCUUUGGGUCUUCGGGAGCAAUGUGGGUGGGUCAUCAUGCUCACAUCUUCUCUGCUAAUAUGGAGAGACAGGGGAAAUUUACCAAGGAAUAUGAGUGCAUCAAUUAUCUUAAAAGUUUUUUAAGCACUAGCAUGACUUAAAAUCUGAAAAGGAUGACUUUGUGAUAUCUGGAAAGACAGUAACUUGUAUAAAAGGUAUGUCUUCAUCUUCAGUGGACUAUCUCCAAAUAGAACAAUGGCCUUUAGCAUGCACAACAACAGUAACAGAACUCAAAAACAUGAGCUAAAGCAACAAUGCCUGGUGCUUCAGUGUCAGCAAAGCCCAGAAAGGAGAUGAAAAUGCUGAGCUCCACAUAGAGGUGCUUCGGGCUUCAGAGGCUGGGCAGCGCUCGUCGGAGAUCUCCAUGGGUUAGGGGAGGAAUGAGUCAAGGAGGAUUUGGCUCAUCUGUGAAUUCAGGGAUACAAGUUCAACAACCGUUCUUGGCUCUUAACUUCCAGGACAGGAAAUUAGAGUGAAAACUGCAUGAUUCGUCUUGGUCACAAUCUAUUUUUUUUUCUCCUUAGGGAAUAUUAUGUCAAAAUCCAAAGUUGUUUUGUGCGUGUGUGCUUUAAACAUGUUCUACCCUGGUAAUUUCAUUGUGUCCUGAGUUCUGCAAUGGCUCAGAAGCUUCUUGCUCUUAUAGCCAGAGUGAUUUUGUUGUAUCUUCAGCCAUGUCCUCCAAACCUCUCAGUGUAUGCAGUUAUCUUUGACGAACGGGGUCUGAUCAGUUUUUUAGGGCAUAUGAUGUCUGGGGCAAUAUGAGGAGAGGGUCCCCAAGGCACAGAACUGAGUCUCACCAUACAAGCCAUAUUAGCUCCCCGAGCUUCCCAGUAACCCUGUGCGUGCCCGUCUUUUGAGUUUAUGUUAAUUCUUCUCAGGAAGAAAUAGUAAGACUUUCAUGGCAGGAUGGUAUGUUUGGGACAGCUUUGUAAAUACAUACCUAAAAUUACCACCACCUGCCACUUUUUAAAUCAAAUUUUUUAAAACAAUCCUCUCCUAAAGGAACCAUGGGCGGGAAGGUUAAUGAAUUCUACAUUCUUCUCAUCACCUGGCUUAAAUUGUUUUUUUUUUUUGCCCUGAGUAAACAGUAAUUACCAUUUAAGUACAUCUCAGCAGAAUUUUAUCCCAACUGAAACAGUCCAUGUUGCUCCCCAUGUGAUCACUACGGGGGGAACAAUAGACAAGGGAAGGACUUUGCCUUUCUUACAACCCGCUUCUUAUGUAACGGCUAUUCUAUGUACACUUUUGUAAUUCAUGGAAUAUUAUUUCACGUUCUCUUUAACCUUGCAGUUUGCUUAUGCCAUGUCCUGACGUUAAAGUCAUUAAAUAGUUUUUUUCUCCUA